AUGGAAGGCAAUAAAUUUAACUUUAAACCUUUGAGUAUGAAGGAAUUUGAAGAUAAACUUGGUUUUUCUAAGGUUCGGAACAGAAGGGAAAGCGCUGCAAUAUUUAAUGGAUUAAAUGAAGGUUAUAACUUACAAUUUCGAAAUAUUUUUAGUACUGAUUUCAUCAUGUCAGAGUAUCUAAUAUUCUUUAUUCAAACAAAACUAGAUACUUGCACAAAUUUAUUGAACGAUCAUCUUGAAUUAUCUCGAGAGUUUGAAGAAGAGGAUAUUCGAUUGACUAAAGAAACUGCUACACCUGGAAAGUAUAUGGAAUUUGAUACAGACAUGGAGGUCACGUGUUACAACAAGGUGCCUUUGUCACAAAACGACAAUAUAAACGUGUCACAUAUUCAUUCAAUCCUUCCUUCGAAAUAUACGCGUGAAGAUGUCAUCAAUAAAGAUUCUUUCUUAGGUAUGGAUAGUGGAUAUCAACAAAAUGUGCAAGCUAUACAUGAUACUACGACUAAUUAUGAUACAAGUGAAGCAUAUCGAAAUAACUCUACAUUUCAAAAUCAGUCUUCAACAGUGGGAGAUAAAUUUAAUGAUGAAUCACUUCCUAUUGAGCAACGCGCACGUAAUACUUUGAAACAAUUUAAAAAUCUUGUAUCCAAAUUAAAAACAUCUAAUGAAGAUGCGCAACCGUCUCCAAAUGUAUCUGUCUCCAAAUCGGAGCUGAGAGCAAAUGUAUCCCAUAUAAAAUGUCCGGAUGAUGUUGUGCAUUUGGUUGACCAUCUUUUGUAUUCUCCAAUUGGAAUACACCGAACUCAUCCCGCGCAAGAAAUCAAAUUACAAGAAACACAAGAACAAUGUGACUUCGAGAAUAAUAAUGAUGAUUCGCCGUUAAAAAAAUAUUCUACAAAGAAACAUACACCAUCCGACCUUAUCCCUGAAUAUAAUAAACAAGAAAUCUUGUCGCAAAAAGAUGAUGUUACAAAAACAUUCAUAAAUCAAGUAGAUCUUCAACAGUCGAUGUCUUUGGAAGAUUCAUCCGAAAAUUUGAAUGAAAGAAGUGAAUUGCGAAAAAGAAAAAGAUCUGUUGUUAAAAAACCUUUAACUCCGCAUAUUAAUUCGACAAAUGUUUCUAAUAAAAUUCAAACCAAAUCGGACACAUCUCCAGCAGCCAAAAAGAUGAAGACACAAGUAUCAAAGUUGAGAGCACCGACUUCCAUCUCACUUGUAUUUUCACAUAAUAAGUCUUAUCAACGUGGGCAACAAGAACCACAAAUACCUGAGUAUUUAAUCGAGAUUGAAGAACCUCCGAUUGGGUGGGAAUUCAAUAUAUCAAAACCAUGCUGGCUAGAUAAAUAG